AAAAAAAGGGCGAAGGCAAAAAACAUGAUUUGAUCGAUAGCCGUUGGUUCUUCUUCUUCUUCUUCGUGGGAGAAAAUGGUGAUGGAAAUUGUGGAGCCAAACACCUGCGUCAGAGGAUGUUGCAGCAGCAAAUCCAUUCCUCUUCAUCUCUCUCCUUCUUCCUUCUCUCUUCUCUCCGAAAUCGCUAGAGGGUCGGAAAGUGUGGUGUACGAAGCGAUUCUCGACGGCCGAAGACUGGCCGCAAAAAAACCUGUCUUGUCUACUUCCGAUGAUCUCAAUAAGUUCCAUAAGCACUUGCAGCUUCUAUGCAAGCUUGAUCAUCCGGGUGUGGCUAACCUAGUGGCGGCACAUGCCAAGCCUCCCAAUUACUUGUUUUUCUUUGAGUUCUAUGAAUCUGGGACCCUGGCUGAGAAAUUGCACGUCGAGGAGUGGUCUCCUAGCAUCGAUCAGGUGCUCAUGAUCACGCGUCAGUUAGCAAGGGCAUUGCUGUAUCUCCACGACAACGGAAUUGUGCAUAGGGAUGUGAAACCGGCCAAUGUUCUUCUCGACAAGAACCUUUCUCCACAUCUUGCCGACUUUGGUUUAGCAGAAUAUAAGAAGGAUCUAAAAGAAGUUAGUCUCCAAAACUGGAGACCGUCUGGCAAGCCUACUGGCGGUUUCCACAAAAAGAAUAUGGUUGGAACCCUUAUUUACAUGGCACCAGAAAUACUAAAGAAAGAGAUACAUACUGAGAAAUCAGAUGUCUAUAGCUUUGGGAUAUUGAUCAAUGAGCUUCUAACUGGAGUUGUUCCAUAUACUGACCUUCGUGCAGAAGCUCAGGCUCACACUGUUUUAGAGAUGAAUUACACAGAGCAGCAACUUACUGCUGCCAUUGUGUCUUCUGGCCUGCGGCCUGCUCUUGCUGAAUCGGGGUUACCUGUUCCGGAAACGUUGCUGUCUCUGAUACAAAAGUGCUGGAAUGCAGACCCUUUAAAACGACCUUCUUUUGAGGAUAUAGUUCGGGAACUAGAAACAAUUUGGGAACUAAAGAGAGGAAAAGAACAAGUUCAGACCCUUGAGGAAACUUGUAUUUCCUACAAUGACCAGUCUGUAGACAUCAUUGAAAGAAAAGGAACCAGUAGGGAUGCCAUUAAUUGGUCCAUUCAGGGGGAGAGCUUCUCUAAGAAAUCUUCUCUCAACAAUGUCCCAGGCAUAAAAUUUUGGUCUGGUUCUACAGAUGGUCAUUUAGGAUAUGUCCCUGUACUUUCUUGGGGAUCUUUUGCAACAUGCGGAAGAAGAGAGUCCAUGGAAGAUACACACUUCCUUAUGCCCCAUAUGUGCAAUGAGGGAAACAUUCACUUAUUUGCUAUCUUUGACGGUCAUAGAGGUGCUGCAGCUGCUGAAUUCUCUGCCCAAGUUUUGCCAGGAUUCCUUGAAAGCUUAUCCUCCACAAGCAGCCCUGCCGAUGCACUCUUCCAAGCAUUUGUUAGGACAGAUUUGGCUUUCAGACACGAACUCGAUUCUCAUCGUCAGUCAAAGAGGGGGAUACAGAGAGAUUGGCAUCCUGGUUGUACUGCAAUUGCUGCUCUUGUGGUGGACAAUAGGCUUUUCGUUGCCAAUGUUGGUGACUCCAGGGCAAUGAUAUGCCAUGCUGGCCGUCCAGUCCCUCUAAGCAAGGUCCAUCUUGCAACAUGUGUCGAAGAGAGAAAACGCGUUAUCGCGGAAGGCGGAUGUGUUGAAUGGCUAGUUGAUACAUGGAGAGUUGUUCCUGCUGGUCUCCAGGUCACCCGGUCAAUAGGAGAUGAUGACCUGAAGCCAGCUGUGACUGCAGAACCCGAGAUCACCGAGACCGUACUGUCAGCUGAUGAUGAGUUCUUGGUAAUGGCGAGCGACGGGCUGUGGGAUGUGGUGAAGGAAGAGGAAGUGAUUAGGAUAAUAAAGGAUACUGUGAAGGAACCGGCGAUGUGUAGCAAGAGAUUAGCAACAGAGGCAGCAGAACGUGGAAGCGGAGAUAACAUCACUGUCAUUGUUGUCUUUCUCCGUCCAGUUUCCACAGCUGAGCGUAUCUUCUAGAGAGGAGUUCCAUAAGAAGCGUUGGUACUUUAUGUUAGACUUAAUUGGGACAAUGAAAUAAUUUAACAGAGCAUCAUCCUCGGUACAUUAUUCUAAUUGUGGACGAUGACCGAUCAUCUCUCAUCAUGUGGUCCAAUUCGGAACUGCUGCUACAGAUGCGUGGUAUAGUGUUUUCGUAUUCCCGUAGAAUGGACAAGGGGGUGUUCUUAUGUUUUGUAAAAUAUUUUAUUUGAUGUGCCAUCGUAUUCAUGCGACCGUUGGUUACUAAUAAUUUGAAUACUUCAUCGUUGAUUUUUAUAUUCUCAUAUAAUAAACUACUGCAGAUUUGUGAUA